CCAACGUCGCCCCGGUUUGACGCACACGGCACCAAACUGUCUGAUUCCCUGGCCUUUGUGUCCCUGGGAGCUUAAUCUCUGCCAGAGGAAAGCAGGUGUGCUCCACUUCUCCCGUGAACCUGAAGAUGAGUUGCCCCAGACCCUUCUCAGUGCUUGGAAACUUGGGUGGUGGAGCUAAAGGUUUCUCGUUACGAGACUUCCAGAGACGACUCUCGUGUUGGGAUCCAUCCAUGGUUUAGCUGCAGUAGUGGAAAACUUUUUAUAAACUGUUUAAGUAAUAUUGACACCAAUUUAGUUGUUAUAAAACUUUUAUGUGUAGACUUCGAAUUUUGUGUGGCCUUUAAGAAGCAUACCAGGCGGGGAUAAACAGUUGGGGGCCCAAAUGAUGGUCCUGUUUUCUAUAAAGUUAAUAAUCUCAACAGAAGUCUCCAGACACCAUCAUCUGUUCUGGCGAGUCCUAACUAAUGCCAGGCUUAUUGCCUUUGGAUGAUAGAUUAGAUUCACCUUAAUAAGUAUGUUGCCUCUCUGCAGUAGUUUAGUUAUUUUUCGAUCCCACAAGAAGGAAAGCAUUUGAAAAAAUAGACAACUCAAGUUACUCAAAGAAAGGAAACCUGCUGUUUACCUUCAAUGUCAUGUGUUUGAUUUAAUUUCGAAUGAGAUUGUUCUUGCAGCGAGAUGUUAAUAAGACAAAAUCUAGAGUAAAUGUGUUAAAUGGGCUUGCCAGCAAUAUGGAUGAUUUGAAGACAAACACCGAUAUUUCUGGUGCUAAAGAAGAACUCCUGGAUGACAGCAGUUUUAUCUCAGACGAAGAAAGCGGAGUUCAUACACCAAAAGAUUGUCAAACAUCAUUUCAGAAAAACAAUACCUUCACUCUGCCUGAAGAACUGUCAAAGGACAAAUCUGAAAAAGCCUUAAGUGGAGGCCAGUCUACUCUAUUUAUACAUGCUGGUGCUCCUACUGUUUCUAGUGAAAACUUUAUCUUGCCUAAAGGAGCUGCUGUUAAUGGACCAGUUUCACACUCCUCCUUAACUAAGACUUCCAAUAUGAAUAAAGGCAGUGUUUCAUUGACUACUGGACAGCCUGUGGAUCAGCCAACAACAGAAUCUUGUUCAACUUUGAAAGUGGCAGCUGAUCUUCAGCCAUCCACACCACAGAAAGCAAGUCAACACCAAGUUCUAUUUUUGUUAUCAGAUGUAGCACAUGCGAAGAAUCCUACCCAUUCCAUUAAAAAACUACCUACCUCUGCUUCAGUUGGUUGUGACAUUCAGAAUUCAGUAGGGAGUAGUGUAAAAUCAGAUAGCACUUUAAUAAAUCAAGUAGAGGUGGGUGAGAAUAGGGAAGAUUUAUUGGUAAAGGAUGAUUGUGUCAAUACAUUAACAGGAAUUUCCUCAGGUACAGAUGAAUUUAGGUCAGAAAAUGAUCCAAACUGGGAUCCCCAAAAAGAAUUCAUUCAGUUUCUUAUGACUAAUGAAGACGCAGCGGAUAAAACUCCAGGUCACUCUAAAGUUGGUUUAGAAAAAAAGAGAAAGCGAAAAAUGGAUGUAAGCAAGAUCACCCGUUACACUGAGGAUUGCUUUAGUGAUUCUAAUUGUAUACCCAAUAAGUCAAAAAUGCUAGAAACAGACUUCCUGGAACAGAAUGAAGAACUGCAAGCAAUAGACUCACAGAAAUAUACGUUAUCAAAAGUGAAGCCUGAAUCAACUGAUGAAGAGUUGGAAUCUGUGGAUACUUUUCAACAUCUAAUUUAUAACCCAGAUAAGUGUGGAGAAGACAGUUCACCUGUUCAUACUAGCACUUUCCUUUCAAAUACCUUAAAAAAGAAAUGUGAAGAAAGUGAUUCUGAGUCACCUGCUACUUUCAGCACCGAAGAGCCAUCAUUCUACCCCUGUACUAAGUGCAAUGUGAAUUUUAGGGAGAAAAAGCACCUCCACAGGCAUAUGAUGUAUCAUUUAGAUGGGAAUAGCCACUUUCGCCAUCUUAAUGUUCCCAGACCAUACGCUUGUAGAGAAUGUGGACGGACAUUUCGAGAUCGUAACUCACUUCUAAAGCAUAUGAUUAUUCACCAAGAAAGAAGACAGAAGUUGAUGGAGGAAAUUCGUGAAUUGAAAGAACUUCAGGAUGAAGGAAGAAAUGCACGAUUACAGUGCCCUCAGUGUGUGUUUGGUACCAACUGCCCUAAAACAUUUGUGCAACAUGCUAAAACCCAUGAAAAAGAUAAAAGGUACUACUGCUGUGAAGAGUGUAACUUCAUGGCAGUGACAGAAAAUGAAUUGGAAUGCCAUCGAGGCAUUGCCCAUGGAGCAGUGGUAAAAUGUCCGAUUGUCAAUUCUGACAUAACCCAGAGAAAAGCGCAAAAAAAGGCUUUCAUGAAAGACUCUGUUGUAGGAUCAUCCAAAAAAUCAGCUGCCUAUGUAUGUAAGAUGUGUCCUUUCACUACUUCAGCCAGAAGUAUUUUAAAAAAACACAUGGAGUACUUGCAUUCAUCAUCAUGUGUUGAUUCAUUUGGUAGCUCUCUUGGACUUGAUAAAAGAAAAAAUGACAUCCUAGAAGAACCUAUAGAUAUCGAUAGCACUAAACCUUUAAGUAAACAGCAGUCAACCACAUUUCCAAAGAACUCUGCUUUAAAACAAGAUGUAAAGCGAACAUUUGGAUCAUCCUCACAAUCAAGUAAUUUUUCAAAAUUCCAUAAGCGGACAAACAGAAUACAAAAAGCUCGGAAAAGUGUUACCCAGUCAGGUGUAAAUGUGUGCAAUCAAAGCAAUUCUCACAAGACUGUUAUGAUUAAAAACAGCGUUGACCAAAAACCCAAAUAUUUCCAUCAAGCAGCAAAAGAAAAAUCUAAUGCCAAGGCAAAUAGCAACUAUUUUUAUAGACACAAAUAUGAAAACUAUAGGAUGAUCAAAAAAUCAGGUGAAUCGUAUCCUGUGCAUUUCAAAAAAGAAGACACGAGUUCACUAACUUCUUUACAUCUGUUUUCAUCAUCAAACAAUUCUCACAAUAGUUUUAUUUCAGACCCGCAUAACUCUGACACCAAAAGGGCAGAAAACUUCAAAGACCAUAGGCGUGUAGCUGCAAAGAGAGUAAAAGAAUCUAAGAAGGGAAGUUCUGCUGGAGGAGAAGACUUGGAUAGCUAUCCAGAUUUCUUGCAUAAAAUGACUGUUGUUGUUUUACAGAAACUUAAUUCUGCCGAAAAGAAAAAUAGCUAUGAAACAGAAGAUGAAAGUUCCUGGGAUAAUGUUGAGCUAGGUGACUAUACCACACAGACCAUAGAAGAUGAAACCUAUAAUGAUAUUAAUCAAGAACAUGUAAAUUUAUUUCCUCUAUUUAAAAGCAAGGUGGAAGGUCAGGAGUCUGGAGAAAAUACUACCCUUAGUUAUGAUCAGAACGAUGGUUUUUAUUUUGAAUAUUAUGAAGAUGCUGCAACUAAUAACUUUUUGCAUGAGAUACAUGAUCCUCAGCAUUUAGAAAAUGCAGAGACUUCAUUGUCAAAGCAUGGUUCUGUCUUUCAUUGGACUGAUCUGUCUCUGGAGAAGAAAUCAUGUCCUUACUGCCCAGCAACAUUUGAAACGGGUGUUGGGUUGUCAAAUCAUGUCCGGGGACAUCUUCACAGAGCAGGAUUAAGCUAUGAAGCCCGACAUGUUGUAUCACCAGAACAAAUAGCCACAAGCGACAAAAUGCAACAUUUCAAAAGAGCUGGCACAGGGACACCUGUUAAGCGAGUUAGAAAAGCUAUAGAGAAGUCUGAAACCACUUCAGAACACACUUGUCAGCUCUGUGGUGGUUGGUUUGAUACUAAAAUUGGAUUGUCAAAUCAUGUUAGAGGCCACCUGAAAAGACUUGGAAAGACCAAAUGGGAUGCUCACAAAUCUCCAAUCUGUGUUCUGAAUGAGAUGAUGCAAAAUGAAGAAAAAUAUGAAAAGAUCUUAAAGGCAUUGAACAGUCGUCGUAUUAUUCCCAGACCUUUUGUAGCUCAGAAACUUGCAUCAAGUGAUGACUUCAUAUCCCAAAAUGUUAUACCUCUUGAAGCAUACCGUAAUGGCCUAAAGACUGAAGCUUUAUCAGUGUCUGCAUCCGAGGAAGAAGGUCUGAGUUUUUUAAGUGAAUAUGAUGAAACAAAACCAGAACUGCCCAGUGGAAAAAAGAAUCAGUCUCUCACACUGAUAGAACUGCUUAAAAAUAAAAGGAUGGGAGAAGAAAGGAAUUCUGCUAUUUCUCCUCAAAAGAUACAUAAUCAGACGGCAAGAAAGAGAUUUGUUCAGAAAUGUGUUCUUCCAUUAAAUGAAGACAGCCCGUUGAUGUAUCAACCGCAGAAAAUGGACUUGACUAUGCACUCAGCCUUAGAUUGUAAGCAAAAGAAAUCAAGGUCAAGAUCCGGAAGCAAGAAGAAAAUGCUAACCUUACCUCAUGGUGCUGACGAGGUUUACAUUCUCCGAUGCAGGUUUUGUGGCCUAGUCUUUCGUGGACCAUUGUCUGUUCAGGAAGACUGGAUUAAGCACUUACAACGACACAUUGUAAACGCUAAUCUUCCACGGACUGGAGCUGGCAUGGUGGAAGUCACGUCACUACUUAAAAAGCCUGCCUCCAUUACAGAAACUUCAUUUUCUCUACUAAUGGCAGAAGCAGCUUCAUAGAACAAGGAAACCUUUUAAAUAGCAAAUUUGAAUUGGAUGUAAAUUUGAAAUUCUUUGUCUUUUUUUUUUUAAGCCACAUUAAAUUAUCCAUUUAUAAAUACUAAAGCAGGAAAAUGGGGAAAAGUGAAUUACAGUGACAUCAGAGCAAAUUGAGUACUUCAAACCGUAAGUAGUCUAUAUAUUUUAUAUAGGAUGGAAGAUGUGUUUUUAAGGUUUAUUAAGUUUUGUCAGUUAACUGUGUUCACUCAAUAAAAGAUCAGUACCUGUAAGCAGUCCUUAAUAAACUGUUGCACAUGGAUACUUAAAGACAGACUUACUGGAAAAUUAUGUUUUCUGCAGUGUUACCAGAAUCAAGGUUCUGUUUAUUCCCCACAAGACUUGCAUUGAAAAAUAAGAUACUAUAUUUUAUUUGUAUGUAUUUAGUGUUUUGUAUAAUACCAGGAAUUGCUAACUCAAUUUACUCAAUUUAGGGCAUUAAAUAUCAUGUACUUCAUAGUUUGAGACUGUUCACUCAAAUAGGGCAGAGUACUAUUCUAUCUAGAUGUGUAAGUGUUUUUUUUAAAUCACAUGGAACGGUUUUUUUUAUACUAAAAAGUGGAGGGAGAUUUGUUUAAACAAGUAUUUCUAAAAGAAAUAUGUACAUAGUCCUGGAAAUUAUUUGUGGUAAGGAAAUAUUCUUUACUCCAGUUGCAUUUCUCAGACAAUAAAGUGGUGCAUCCAUGCUACCUCCUACUUUGUCAACAAAGAUGCUCUUUACCCUUUACAUUUUUGUAUCAUAAUAGAUUAAAGAAAUCUAAUGUUCUUUAUUGCAAGACAUCCUUUUGUUAACAGAUACUUUUUUUUUUAAUGUUUUACCUAAAAUAUGACAUGCUUACAGGACAGGUUUGCCUCUUACUUUAUUUAACAUUGUAGAAAUGUAAUUAAUAAACAAUGCUCACUACACAAUUUAGAAUAGGCUUUCUCAUUUAUAUUCUCUUCCAAAUUCGAUCAGUUAGCAAAACUUAAUACACCAAUUGAAAUAUUUCUACAUAUGAUGAGAAUGUUUACAAUUUAAAUUUUAGAACUUGUUUUUGGAUGUGAUUAUAUGUACAAAAAUCGUGUAACACUAUGCUCAUGCUAAGAACCGACAUAACAGAAUUACUGAAAUAAAUGUGCUGUGAGGAAUGGAAAAUAUGGUGCAGAUGUUUUGGUUAUGAUAAAUUGUGAUUCUUUUUUUGAACUCUCCAAAAACAAAUCAGUACUUUUAAUCUGAAAUCAGAUUCCUUUACAAAUAACAGUUUUUGUAUGCAAGCACCAUUUCAUUUUAUUUCAUGUAGUAUGGCUAAUACUAUAGUUGAAACAAGGAUAUGCAUUGAUACUUUUCUUCUUAUGUAAAUAAAGUUAAAAACAAUUAAAAUAAGGAGUAUUUUGGUAGAGUAUAUACAUACCUCACUGCCAGUGAAAUUGCUUUCCUAUGGUAUAUCUCCUUACCAGAAAAAUCUCUAAAUAAAAAAAGAAUUAAA